CAUCCUGCGUCUCGCUCAUGUCCGGUGCUGAACGCAGUGUCCUAAAGAACUGUUCUAGAACCACGGACCCCGCGUUUUAGGGCCAGUUUCAGAACGAGCCCAAAGUCUCCAAGGCCUGUUCUAAAACUGCUCAUCUCCUUUUUUUUCAGCCAAGCACUUCAUGCUGCCUGAGGCCUGAAACCCACCUGCGGACGCAGCUGAGCACACCCCACGUGUGCAGUGCCGGAGGGGUCCCCAGAUCCUGCCGUGUGGAGACCCUUCCCGGCCUUAAAUGGAUGACCACCAGCCAUGCCAUGACUUCUUUGCCAAGGGAAGGGCAGCAGGCUCUGAGUCUCAGCUCUGACGGAGAGGAGAAACGGGACCGAGACCAGGCUUCAGUGCUGGCUUUUAAGCAGCAAAAACUAGAAAGAGAGGCUCAGAAGAACUGGGACCUUUUUUACAAAAGAAAUAGUAUUAAUUUCUUCAAAGACAGACACUGGACCACCAGGGAGUUUGAGGAGCUGAGAGUUUGAAGAUCAGAAAUUGACUGUUCUCGAAGCUGGCUGUGGAGUCGGGAACUGUUUAUUCCCGCUUUUAGAAGAAGAUCGGAAUAUCUUUGCUUAUGCCUGUGAUUUUUCUCCACGAGCGGUUGAGUAUGUUAAGCAAAAUCCUUUCUAUGACACAGAAAGGUGCAAGGUAUUCCAGUGUGAUCUGACUCGAGAUGACCUUCUGGAUCAUGUACCACCAGCGUCUGUGGAUGUUGUCAUGUUGAUAUUCGUGCUCUCAGCUGUUCACCCUGAUAAGAUGCACCUUGUCUUACAAAACAUUUACAAGGUGCUAAGGCCGGGCGGAGCCGUCUUGUUUCGCGACUACGGGGUGAACGACCAUGCCAUGCUCAGGUUCAAGGCCCGCAGCAGACUGGGAGAGAACUUCUACGUCAGGCAAGAUGGAACCAGAGCGUACUUCUUUACCGAUGGGUUCCUGGCCCGGCUCUUUACGGACACAGGUUAUGAAGAGGUGGUGAACGCGUAUGUCUCCCGAGAGACGGUGAACAAGAGGGAGGGCCUGUGUGUGCCGAGGGUUUUUCUCCAGAGCAGGUUCCGGAAGCCCCCGAGGGACUCGGCGCCUGCCACCCUGGACCGGGCCGGUGCCUAGGCCUGCCCCGAAGAGGAAAGCUUGCCCGUCACUUUCUGCUUGUACGCUUUCUACUUUUUAAGAUGAGCGCAUAUAAAUUUUAUAUUAAAACCA